GAAUUCCCUCAUGCAGGAGUUUGCACUGGAUGCCUUUACAAAGCUGGAUACUCUGGUAAUAAUAAUAAUAAAAAGCCCCUACCCGGUGGAUGGGGACGGAGUCUACGGAUUGAGACCAGGAUUUAUUAAUGUGCAAAUAGCUCUGAUAUGAUCACAUACUUUCUGCUUUGCAUACGCAGGGAGCAGCGUGGGCUGAUGGAGUAGGAAUUAGCCUGGGCGAUCUUUACGAGCUGGGAUCCUGCACAUCGCAGAAGGAAAACGUGUGUGUACCUUUCUCUGGAGGAACUGAGGAAUUUUGUAGUUGUUCUUAUAGUAUUUUAAAUCUGAGAACCCAGUAGAGUCUUUUCUGCAGUGAUGAGGGAGUGACAAGUUGAAGUUCCUGCCAGUGUACCUGGGAACUGGGAGCAGCUAACGCCCGAUGGGACUGGGGCCGAGCUCCUGCACUGCUGACAGGGAUGAAGGUAGAGCCAUGUUACCUGCUACCUAAUCUCGCUGCUGCUGCUGUAGUUUGUGGAUAUGGUCCGAGACCCGGCUCUGUGCACAGACUCUCAGCUCUGAUCCCACCCGAGACGAUUUAGCGGCAGCAGAGACCCCAGCUGUGGAGCACGCGCCCCCAACCACCCCAGGACGGAGGGGCUGCAGCGCUGGAGAGUUACUAUGCAGCUUGGACUGCUUGUGGUGGUGGUUUUUCUAAGCUCGAUGGAUCUAACAGGCAGCAGCAAAGUGGUGAAGGGCAAGAGGCAAAGACGAAUCAGCACCGAGCUGAGUCAGGGCUGUGCCAGAGGCUGUGACCUGUGCUCUGAGUUCAAUGGGUGCCUGAGGUGUUCCCCCAAACUCUUCAUCCUCCUGGAGCGGAACGAUAUCCGACAAAUUGGGAUUUGCCUGCCCUCUUGUCCGCUGGGAUACUUUGGCCUUCGCAAUACGGACAUGAACAAGUGCAUCAAAUGCAAAAUUGAGAACUGUGAGUCCUGUUUCAGUCGAAACUUUUGCACAAAAUGUAAGGAAGGUUUGUAUUUGCACAAAGGGAGAUGUUACGUCACAUGCCCCGAAGGCUACGCUGCUGCCAACGGCACCAUGGAGUGCAGCAGUCCUGCACAAUGUGAAAUGAGUGAGUGGGGGCCGUGGGGGCCCUGCUCCAAGAAAAGGAAGCUCUGUGGCUUCAAGAAGGGCAACGAGGACCGGACACGGCGGAUUCUGCAGGCUCCCUCUGGGGACGUGUCCCUGUGCCCACCAACCACGGAGGUGCGGCGGUGCACGGUGCAGAAGAGCCAGUGCCCCGAAGGGAAAAGGAAGAAAAAGGAAGAGCAAGGAAAGCAAGACAAUGGGAAUAGAAAUCGGAAAGACACCAAAGACACAAAGUCUGGCACCAAGAGGAGGAAGAACAAACAGAGAGGGGCCGCUGUGGCCGCCACGGCCGCCAGCCCUGCCCAGUAGCUGUCCCUGUGUGUCACUGAUGGCAAGACUCCACUGCUGCUAUGUAUAUGAAAGCUUUAUUGAACAGAGCACUGCACACCAUGUACACGUGUCCAGAGACUGACAUACACCCCAGGCUGACCCACGGACUGACAGAGGCCACACUCAGAACUAAAGGAGGCUGCACACACACCCUGCCAGGGCUGUGGAAGAACCUGCUGAGGAGUGGGAGCACACAGGAGGCACAGCACACAGCCCCAGGGCUCUCUGGGGACACUGCAGGGAGGAGAGGUGGAGCAUGAGCCAGUGAAGGACCCAGAUAUGGGAUUGAUUUCAUGAUGGAAGGCCAAGCACGUGGCCCCAGCACAGCCCCACUGUGCCAGGGGAUGAGACUGAACCCACAUGGCCACUUUCCCUGACCUGGCACCCAGACACACACAGCAGUGGCCUCUUUCUCUUCCCUCACCCCUUUGUGUUUUAAGCUGUAUGACUUUAUCACUGCGAAUACAUGUUAAAAGUUUGUGAUAAGAGGUCAGUGGUAUCAGCCCUGAAUCUGCUUCAAAGAAUUAUUUCAAAUUAAAAAAAAAAAAAACAACAAAAAAACCAAAAUGACAACCAGCUUCCUGAGUGUGUGGUUCAUACCUUGGCCCCUAUGGAGGCUGGUGUCCCACAGGACAGAGACUCACUUGUGGAAGGAAAACUCACCAAAGCUUUAAGAAAAUCCCAGAAAAUUCUGCCAGCCCUCCUGUGAGAGGGACCCAGCUGCACCCCACUGAGCCCCGAGGAAAUCCCCACUGAAGGAUCUGCUUAACACUCAGCAAAUUGAGGAAAUAAAGGUUAAAACAAACCACAGGUUGCUGAAAUAUUGUGACUCAGCUCAGACAGCUGUGGGACAAUCCCGGGCUGGGGACAGCCGGUCCUGCUGCAGGAGGGAGGCAGGUGGGAGAGGGAAGGCACAGCUCAAGUCCUGCAGAAGAGAAAGAAAAUUUUUAAUUGGGUAGAAACUACUUGUCUGCAUCCCACUGGCUGGAAUUUCCUGGAUUCUCCUGCUCUGCAAGAGCUGACACCUGAGCAGAGGAACUGGGACAAGGACUGUGCAGGACGGACCUGGCGAGCCCUGCGUGGGACGUGCGGGUUCACUGACUGCUCUGCUCAGGGAGCUGCUCCUUCAGCAGUGCCACAGGGUGCCUCACCACUCACUGCCCUGGCAUUGUAAAAUGUGCUUUCUCUGUAUAAAUAUGUUUAGAGACACAUUUCAUUUCUCGAGAGCUCAGCAGGAGCUCUCUGGUCCCAAGGGAUGGUGGUGGCUCCCAGAGAUGUGCCCAGGGUGGGUCAGGGAUGUGCUGCUGGAGCCCUGGUGGGACAAAGGUCAGGGGAAACCUCACCCCAGGCUAACCCUGGUGAAUCCAAUCUUCGCUGUACUCACUUCCACACCACUCUGCUCUGUGGUUUUGGAGGGCAGAGUGAGCCAACAGGUGUGCAGGGUGGCCUGGAGAGAGCUCCCUGUCCAUCUGAGGGUCACACCACAGCCCUGGUUCUCUCCUGUGGCUCCUGCUGCCCAUGGUGACUCAGCUGUGGCACAGGACACCCUGACCCCCCUCACCCAGCCACCACAGGGCUGCCUUGGCUCGGUGCAGGACGUGGAGGCUGCACAGUUGUUUUGGUUCCAGAGCUGUACCAAACCCUCCGUGACUGCUCUGCUGGAAGAAAAACCUUUCAGCCUAUCGUCCACUUUGUGUUUAAGUAAACAAGAAGCUGUUACAUCUUUGAAAGGGGAUUCCAUUUCAGCACAAUGAUAAAUGACCAGCAUACCAAGCAGGGGGAGAAAGAGGUUCUUAAAAGUCAUCCUUUAAGUUGUUUAGGGAUCAUGUUCAUAUGAUUUCUGAAAGCUUCCCGGCACAGUGAUCCAAUCUUGCUCUAUUUUCUACUAUUUUGUUUGUGCCAUGGCAUUGCUCAUGAGCAGAACCAUUUUCCCUUCCACUUUUACUGGCACCACCAGUGAAGCAUUGGUGCAGCUCAGCUCUGUCGCUGUGCCUCCCUCCUGGUGCCGUGUCCCCACCGAGUUCUCAGAGAAGAUUAAACAAAAGAGAAUGCAUUAGGAAAGUUUGCUGCAUGAGGCUCUGGUAAUGACUUGAUUCCCUACAGUAACUCCUGGCACUAUUAGCACAACUAUUUCAAAACUAAACUGCAUGUAAUAAAUCAACAGAACCUAUUUUAGAGAACUCUAGGGAUUAUUAGAAAAACUGAUGAACUUUUCUGUUGUAGCCUUUCCCCUACUUUCUUCCUUUUUUCAGGGCAAAAUGGGAAGAAAAAAGGACAAAGGCAACAGGAAGUUUAAGAUGCAUAUUAAGAAUAUCCAAGAUUUUUUCAGUAGGGGUGAUUUUAAAACUAAAUUGUUUUAGUACAAUUAGGAGAAGAAAUAUAAAAAAAAAAUCCAAUUUCUUUUCUUUUUUUUUUUUUUUGAGUCAGCUCAAGAAUUGUGCUUACUCCCACUCCUAGAGAGCUGGUUCAGUUAUGAAUUUAGGAACAUUUUGCCUUUGACCAACAUGGACUGCACACUGAGCUCUCCAGUCCAAGCUGAGAUGUCCUUAGCUGGGUGAUGUCACCUCAACUCACACACAUGUGAAUGCUCUCUUUCCAUGCACUAAAUAACCCUGUUGUGGUGUUGUCUCCAUGGCAUCACUGUAAAAUACAUGUCUUUAAACAAAUAAAUCAAUAAAUGGGUUUGCUGAA